UACCCACUACUACUCCAGACCAGAAUAAAGAUCCUCAUCUGCGGCCCCGGGAUCACCGUCCUGCGACGCAUGGGUCUGGAGAGCCUCUUCCGCGCGCACUCCGUCCCGGAACAGGGUCUGCGGCUGGUGGACGGCGCGGAUCGGUCCUGGGGAUAUUUCCCGGCCAACCGGACGGGGAAGGGCAGGCAGAAUUUCACGACCGACUUUGAGAUCAUGAGGGGGGACCUGUGUGCGCUGUUGGUGGAGGAGACCAAGACGAGAGGGGUGAUGUAUAUGUUUGGGGGGCAUGCUGCUGUGAAUAGGAAGAAGAACGGGGUGCAUUCGCUGGGGAUCCUCGCGGGGUAUUUCACCAUGCCACGCCCGAUCCAGCCCGGGGAGGAGUAUACUGCAUCCGUAUUUAUCGGGACGGGGGGUUGCGGGGUGAUGAUGAGGCGGCACGAGGCAGGUCGCGUGCAGGUGUAUCUGCUCUGUGAAACGGACGAACUGGGGAAGGCCGCGAGAGAGGGGAUCUGGAGGCAGAGAAGAAAGGGCUGGCGAAGGCGUUCCGCCAUCCUGACGGGGUUUGCGGAGACGGACGAUUUCGAUGCGGAGCGCAUGGGGGUCGUGCGCGUCGAGGGCUGGUCUCGCGGCCGGGUGGUGCUGGUGGGCGAUGCCGCCUAUGCGCCGUCGGCACAGACGGGGAUGGGCACGUCCAGUGGCAUGGUCGGGGCCUAUAUCCUGGCCGGGGAGAUUGGCAGAUCUUGUGGCCAGGGCAGCAACCUGGCGGACAAUGGGGACCUCGCGAUGGCGUUGAAGAUGUACGAGUCACUACAUGAGGAGGUUUCCGUCAUCCUCACUGGGGAUUACUCUGGGGUAUGUCCUCUUUGCAGUCGCGUCGUUCUUGAGACUGGAUCUCGUUGCCCGAUGGAUGCUGCGCGAGGAGACCAAGGGGUGGGAACUCCCGCGGUAUGA